UUUAUUUCACGGUGUAUCGGAGACCGUCUUCCAGUUUAACAAAACGUUGCGUUGUCGGCGUGAUCAUUGCAUAUUGUUGCCGGGAAAAUUUUGUGGAGGAAGACAGCUCAUAAUCUCUGCAUGUAAAGAAGAGUUUGAUUUCGGAACCGCGCUCUGUUAAUUCGUUUUCGUUAGGAACUCAAAAUUGUUUCCAACAUGAGUAUUUGUGCUUAAGUCAGAAAAACGUAUUGCCUCGUUUAUACUUGUUCAUGAGAAUUCUUCGCAUUUUGCUGUCGGCAUCUGAAGGACGUAUCUGAGCUGUGUCACAGUGGGUUUCACGUACAAACUUCGGACUCGGUGGUAUUUCAAUGAUUUCGAAGAGAUAACUAUUAACUAUCACACGGGCAGGUAUAACGAAUUCAAGAAAGAAGUACGGUGUUAUUCUUCUAUUUGUUUAACACCACGGAAUUAGAAACACGCUAUCAUCAUUAAGAUGGAGACCACAGUCAUAGAUCUGGUAACCAUGAACUACACCUUAACGACGAAUACGACAGCUGUCAACAUUAACACAUCAACCCCUUCCCAGAAUCACUCAGACCUUCUUGACGUUCAGGAAUUUGUAGAAUUUGAAUAUUAUGUUCGCAUUAUCAUCCCUAUAAUAUUCGGUUUAAUAGUUGCUUUGGGACUGUUAGGAAACUUGCUGGUGAUCGUUGUUAUUCUUAUGAACCAGCAAAUGCGGAGCACAACAAAUAUCCUGAUCUUAAAUCUUGCGAUUGCAGACCUGUGUUUCAUAAUUUUUUGUGUGCCAUUCACUGGAACUGGCUAUGUUCUUCCGCAGUGGCCGUUUGGAAGGAUAUGGUGUAAAAUAGUCCAGUUCCUGAUAUACGUCUGCGCCUACGCCAGUGUCUACACACUGGUGAUGAUGUCUCUAGACCGAUACCUUGCGGUCGUUCAUCCAAUCUACUCCAUGUCGUACAGAACCCAGAGAAACACAGUGUGGAUACUUCUUUGUCUAUGGGGACUUAUAUUAGGCGGUCACACGCCUCUACUUUUUCACAAUGAUGUUAUCCAUUAUGUAUACAACGGUGACCCGCGUUCGGCUUGUGUUAACAAAGUUACCGUUAAUAACAACUCGGCCGCAAAACUAUUUUAUGGUUCCUUCUUCGCUUGCGGGUAUGUGCUACCGUUGUCACUAAUAGUUGUCCUGUACGGCUUUAUGCUUAAACGUCUUCUAUAUGGUGUAGUGCCAGGAGGUUCCCAAAGAGCAGAAAGCAUUCGCUCCAAAAAGCGAGUUACAAAAAUGGUGGUAAUUGUAGUCGUUAUUUUUGCUUUAUGCUGGUUACCUAUACAGAUAGUCUUCAUUAUUCAAAACUUCGGUAACUUUGACGAAGGCGUCCAUUCAAUCGCAAUUCAAAUGGUGUCCAACUGCCUUGCUUAUAUGAACUCCUGCGUCAAUCCGAUAUUGUAUGCAUUUUUAUCGGACAAUUUCCGACGAAGUUUCAAGAAAGUGCUUUGCUGUGGAUAUGGACAUUACACUAAAUUCGAAUACGAACGUACAAAUAUUAAAAUAGAGAAAACCGAGAAAACGACUGUUGCCCAGCAACCAUCGAACAAUGGCACUACAAUGACUCCAGCCUCCACUGGCGUGUCUACAACAACACUGCAGACAUAUUAUCACAACGCCGAUAGCAACAGAGAUACUGCCAACCAUUGUACACAGACGGAAGUGUAAAGUAUUGUUUGGGAUGUGUAUUAACCGAUGUUUGCUUGUUUAAAUAUUAUAUCAGAGAUUACAACCGCAUACAUUGCUAAUGUUCAUGUUAAUGCGUCGAAGAUGGAUGUUGACAAUCCUGUAUAAAUCAAAACAAAGGUAUUUUCAUAAACGAGCACUAUAAUCACUCCAUUUGAAAAAACAUUAUCCACUGGUCUCCCAGUGGCAUUCAGCAACUCAGUCUUUAGAAUGGUUCAAAAUAAUGUUAAUUGGAUACUAUUAUGUACAUUAAAAAAUGAAACGUAUUUAUAUAAUGAUAUAAAAAAAAGUGUUACCAUCCUUGAACGACUACUGUGAAACUGACAGGUUAACGUUUCGAGUUAGUGACCUUUCAUUUCUAUAGCGAAACGUGUUCCUACUUUCCAAUGGACAAGUGUUCUUAUCCUUUGUUGUAAAGGAACCGUUUUUGAUGUCGGUGAAUAGAUAAAACUCAAAUAUAAAGUAUGUUUCAUAUUUAAGAAAAGUUAGUCAGACAAAAUUAUUGGCUUCCUUUUCUAUUAAGACUGGUCGCUGGUCAGACGCAAUGGUUAUUUCCCUUUGUCAAUGGAAAGCGCUGUUUCUUAAAAACGCUACAUAUUAACGCGCAUACCUAUCGUAAAUUUUAACGAUAAGAAACAUAGGGUACAAGUCUUACAGAAAUACGCAGAUUUGUAUAAACUCAAAGAUGGCGUUUACGCACCUGAUAUCGAUCUUACGAUUUUAGAACAUAUUCCCCAUAUCUCCUAAAUUGUCUCGCAAACAUAUAAUGCGGAUGGGGUUAUUCCAACCCUUAAUAUUUACACCACAACUUACAUUCCCUUAAUGAACUGCAUUUUUGCUAUUUCGAAUAUUUUCAUAUGAAGGAAACAUCUUCGGAUAUGUUCGGAUCGCGAAUAAUCGUGUAUUUAAUAUACAUGUUAAUUAAAAAAAAAUGUUAUUUUUGAACUGUGUUAGGUCAGCAGGUCACAAAAAAGUGUUAUUUAUUGUAUAGUUGUCACUAACGCUUCAAUUUCACAUUUUAAAUGAUUAUGUUUUCCGCGAUAUUAUGACGUUAUAUGACAAACUGUUUUUGGUCAAUACGGUUGGGUCGUUCUAUUUAGAGAAUGGGUGUGAAAGAAUUACUUUUAAAAGAAUUAUUUGUUAAAUUAAAUGAAGUAUGUUUUAAAAAUUCUGUAAAGAAAUAAUGGACAACUUGUGUCAGUAUUAGUAAUGAACUGCGUGAUUGAUGUCAUUAUGGGGGAUAUCCAUUCACUUUAAACAUCAUAUAUAUUGUACAUAUUCACCCUUAAACAAGUUAUUCGAGUCUUUGAAGUCAUGUAUAGAUUGUCCAUUUUUGAAUAUUGUAAAUAUGCGAAUACAUCAGUGCAUAUUUUUCCCUUUGCUAAAAAAAUGGUUCUGUCAACACGUAGUACACAAUGCGCGCAAAUCAAACUCUGAUAUUGGCUCACGUUAAACAAAUGUAUUUUCAUUAUUCACAGGCUUCCUUUUGUAAGUGCACUACUAUGUAUCUUAAAAAUCCUUUUUUAAAGAAUUUGGAAGACAUAAUUUAUGAUUUUAUAAGAUUUGCCGUAAGAAGUAAAUAAAAUGAAAUACAAUUAUAUAAAUAUUCUUGUAAAUAUGUAUAUCACUGUCGUUAAUGAAAUCUUAGAGACACUUAUUUGGUAUGAGUGCACUGUACACAUUUUAUUUUUGGAUGUCUCAUGACAAGACGCCCAUCUCAUGGUAACGUCUUUCAUUUGUAGUAAUAUUCCCAACCAUGUCUGUGUAAAUUGAUUAAAGCAUAUUUGAAAUAGUUUUUGCUUGAAUGCUUUACAAGUGAACAUGCAUCUUUCGUACAACUAGUAAAGAUGUCAAAUCAAUGAAAUAAGCCUGUUGAGAGUAGUUUAGCAUGUCAAAUGUGCUGCAAUCAUUUUUCGAGGAAACCUGUUUUAUAAUGUCUCAACUUGGUCUGAACAAAUGUUUUAAUUUGUAGACAAUGAUGACGGAGUAGUAAGUAUUUUAAUUUCUGACUUGAUGUGAUGUUGAACGUUUGUUAUCUAUUGCAAUGUCUGGUAUCGAAACUGUUUGACCGUCAUUUUCCUUAUUCAAAAAUAUCUCAUUGUAAUUAAACUAUUAUUUUGAUUAUAAUUUAUGCGUAUAAUUUUGUUAUUCAUCCAAGCUACAAGUCAUUUCUCAAUAUGUGUUAAACCAGUUUGCUUUAUACAUCUAUAUUUAAAUUGCAAUCUGAAAUUCAGGCGUCGACGUUAAAGUAGCCAUUUGCUUUUGCAGCUUCUUAACGAUCAAGUCGGCAGUCCGGCCAUAGCCCGACGCCGACAAAACACGGUACCUUUCUAAGUGUUCAGCCGGAAAUGCCACGAAAAUAUGUAUAUACUAGCCAGUUCGCGAGCUUCUAAAUAAUUCACUUAAUAAAACCAAUGAAUGACUAAAUGAAAAUUUAGCGGUUGUUUUCGUUACUAUAUUGCUAUUUGGUGGUUGGAUUCUGUUUAAUGGAUUUUAGUGGUCAGAACUCCUCUAAAUUGUUGAAUGUGAAUCUGUCCGGUAAACCCGUUGGUGGAGGAAUAGUUUCCGUAUGAUACAUGUUGUUGUUAGUGUUCCUCUGUUACUAUUUUGUGUGAAUAUUCGCUGCUGCUGUAUAAAGAGCUGUUAUUGUUAAUACUUAA